GUGCUAGCUGGAUAAAAACAAACAACCAAAUGUGACAUUGGCGGACUCAAUUAGACUUCAACAACUUCAACAGCAACAGCACAGUUUAUGGAGUAAUAGCGUUUGAGUUUUUGCUAUGAUAAAAAAAUUCUCACAAAAAUUCAAAUUACAAUAUUUUUCCCCAAAACUAACCGGGAACGACGACAGCACAUUACAAGAAGGAAUAUUUUUCCACCUGUUGCAUUUCCUGAUACCGCCCGUAGAGAUCACUGAAGUCUUUGUAAACCUGUCCUGAGACCUUAACCGGAUUUACUGGGGAUCCCUACAAGUUGCGCAACGUGUAGAUUUGCACAAAAUACCUUUGGACAAAUAGGGGAUAGAGUAAUCUGAUUCUUAUCAAUUAUGUUUUUUUUUGUAGCAGAGCAUAUACUGUUUUUAGAGAAUAUAAUGGUGGAAAACAUUGUAAUUAUUAAUAACGUAAAAAUGUUUCAAUAGCUAAUUUAUUUUAAUUGAAACAGCUUGCUAAAUGCAAAUUUUAUUUUACAAAUUCCACAUUUUAUUACGAAGAUGGAAGUGGUCUGGCAAUAAAAAAAUAUAUCCCUGUGAUUUUACGUUAGUUUACGACAGUGUAAUGCAUUGGGUGGUAGCUAGUCGUGCGUGCAUGCUUGCGUGGUGUUGUUUACAAACUUUUCAGUUCUCUGCUUAGAUUCAGUUAUUGUGACCUUCAUUGCGCGGUUCAUAUUUUGUGUCAUCGUUACUGAAGACAUGGGGAAACCGAAGAAAAAGAAUGAUUUAAGCCGUGCGGAACUGAUGAUGAUGACCAUUGCUGAUGUGAUUAGCCAGUUGGUCGAGGCGCAUGAAGAAGGAAAAGACAUCAACCUCAACAAGGUGAAGACCAAGUGCUCAGCUAAGUAUGGCCUGUCAGCCCAACCCAGGCUAGUGGAUAUAAUCGCUGCCGUGCCUCCUCACUACCGCCGCGCCCUGGUGCCUAAACUCAAGGCCAAGCCCAUCCGCACUGCCAGUGGGAUUGCUGUGGUCGCUGUAAUGUGUAAACCACAUCGCUGUCCUCACAUCAGCUUUACAGGAAACAUCUGUGUAUAUUGCCCAGGCGGUCCGGACUCGGACUUUGAAUACUCCACGCAGUCCUACACUGGCUAUGAGCCCACGUCAAUGAGGGCCAUCCGGGCCCGGUAUGAUCCCUACCUACAAACCAGGCAUCGCGUGGAGCAGUUGAAGCAGUUGGGCCACAGCGUGGACAAGGUGGAGUUUAUCGUGAUGGGAGGCACCUUCAUGGCCCUGCCAGAGGAGUACAGAGACUACUUCAUCAGGAAUCUCCACGACGCCCUGUCAGGACACACCUCCAACAGUGUGGCAGAGGCCGUCAGGUACUCCGAACGCAGUAACACCAAGUGUGUUGGGAUCACCAUUGAGACGCGUCCUGACUACUGCCUGAAGAAACACCUCAGUGACAUGCUGGGUUAUGGCUGCACCCGCCUGGAGGUCGGCGUACAGAGUGUCUACGAGGACGUGGCGCGGGACACCAACAGAGGCCAUACGGUGCGGGCUGUGUGUGAGUCAUUCCACCUCUCCAAAGACGCUGGCUUCAAGGUGGUGUCCCACAUGAUGCCUGACCUCCCUAACGUUGAUAUGGAGAGAGACAUAGAGCAGUUCAUAGAGUUUUUUGAGAACCCAGCAUUCCGUCCGGACGGGUUGAAGUUGUACCCCACCUUAGUGAUCCGGGGUACGGGUCUGUAUGAGCUGUGGAAGACGGGGCGCUAUAAGAGCUACUCGCCUUCGGCUCUGGUGGACCUGGUGGCCCGAAUCUUGGCGCUGGUGCCCCCCUGGACCAGAGUCUACCGCGUUCAGAGGGACAUCCCCAUGCCUCUGGUGAGUUCUGGAGUGGAGCACGGUAACCUCAGAGAGCUGGCUCUGGCCAGGAUGAAAGACAUGGGCACUGAGUGUAGGGAUGUGCGGACCAGAGAGGUGGGCAUCCAGGAGAUCCACCACAGAGUGCGUCCCUACCAGGUGGAGAUGGUCCGUAGAGACUACGUGGCCAAUGGGGGUUGGGAGACCUUCCUCUCCUACGAGGAUCCAGAACAGGACAUUUUGAUUGGUCUGCUGCGUCUGCGGCGCUGUUCCGCCCACUCUUUUCGUCCUGAGCUCAAAGGGGGUGUGUCAAUCGUGCGUGAGUUGCAUGUCUACGGAAGCGUGGUUCCUGUCAGCAGUCGUGACCCCAGCAAGUUUCAGCACCAGGGCUUUGGGAUGAUGCUGAUGGAGGAGGCAGAGAGGAUUGCCAGGGAUGAGCACGGCUCUGGGAAACUGGCUGUCAUCUCAGGUGUGGGAACCAGGAACUACUACAGGAAGAUGGGAUAUGAGCUGGAGGGACCAUAUAUGGUGAAACAGCUGGAGGCACCCCUAUUUUAAUAUCAACGUUUUCCACAAGAUCCACAAGAAUAUAUUUAUUUAACUAGAACAUGAUUGUUACUUUGGAAAUGCUGCAUACAUGAAUUACUCUUGUUUUGGAUAUACUAUUACAGACAGUAAUAGUGAAGAGGUCAGUUUGGCGUAAGCUGAUAAUGUCUCUCUUCUAAAGGUUCAGUACUAUCAUUAUCUCUACCGGUUGAAUGCGUGGCCUAGGAUGGUAUCAGCACGUUUGUCAACAGACUAUAGGAUGCCAUGGCUAACCUUUUUUCCUCCCUGUAAUCAGAGAUGUCUGGGGUGUAUUUAUUUCUGGAGUUUUGGAAAGGACUCCUGCUGAGUUACUGUUUGGAAGGGUGGUGACUGCCCUGCCCCAACCUAAUCCAGCGUGUGAGGCAAUGAUAUUAUGGCCGAUUUUUCUUCAAGGGUCCCCUGAAUGGUUUUUCUUUUUACCUGUGGUACAGUCAUGGUUGGCCUUGAGGAAACAGUGGUCUGUGCUUUUUAACAGAGACCCAGGAAGCUGUUAAGCGUCACUGUUUUAAAUUUAAAUUGUGGUACCAAGUGUGGUGAGUCAGAACACCAGAAUGAAUCAUCCUUCAUUGGCCGACUUGACAUAGGAUGAAUGGCUGCUUGUCAGUCCUUUCUCACACUGAACAAAUAUUUUUUAAUCAGUUAUAUUUUAUAUGGCAAGAAAUAAAAUAGCAUUGCAUAGGUUGCUUUUUAAAUCUUCUGUUGUCCUUAUCAAGUUGUCCUAUAUGUUUUACUUUGGUGUUGGAAUGUGAGAGUUGAACGUUUAGUGGAAUAAAGAAUACCUGUUUUCUGUA